AGCAAGAGGAGGGGCCAGGAACUAGUCAUUUUAAAUGUGGGAGGGAAGAUAUUCACAAGGUUUUCUACCAUAAAGCAGUUUCCUGCCUCUAGGUUGACAGGAAUGUUAGACGGUAACCAAGAAUUCAAGAUGAUUGAUGACCACAUUUUUGUAGACAGAGAUGGUGAUUUAUUUAGUUUCAUCUUAGAUUAUUGAGAAAGGUUUAUAUUACCCACUAAUUUUUCAGACUAUCUUAGGCUUCAGAGAGAGGCUUUUUUUCUGGAACUUGACCCUUUGGUUGAUCUCUUAAACCAAAAGCCAAGACCUGCUUUUGUGGAGUUAUAUUUCCUAGGCAGAAACACUCAAGCUUUUUUCAGGGUUUUUGGCUCUUGCAGCAAAACAAUUGAGAUGCUAAUUGGAAGAAUUACAAUGUUUGUAGAGCAACCUUCAGCACCCACCGAGAGUAGUAAUUCUUACCCCCCUCAGAUGACCUUAUUUCCAUUGCCUGCACAGAGACCUUACCAUGACCUGGUUUUGCAGUGAGGCUCGGACAGCAUUACUGAUAACCAAAGUGUAGUCAGGUAUGUUUCUUUAAAACCUGAUAACCAAAAGUUGGUCAAUGGAACUAAUGUCCUUGGCUUACUGAUUGACACUUUAUUAAUGGAAGGCUUCUAUCUGGUCAGCACUAGAACAGUAUCCUCUGAUGAAAAAGCCAAAUGCUAUAGCUUUGAAAGGAUAAAAAGGCUCAAAGCUCUGGCCGUGAAGAAAACAGUGAAACAAGAGGCUGCUGUCAUGCCAGAGCAAUCUCAGGAAAAGAAAUGA